AUGUGUAUUCAAAAUGGCCUCGAAGCUGUUGUGGCAUCUGGAGGUCGGGGCUGGCUCUUCAACUGUAACAUAACAGUGACCCGCCCUGUUCCUAACGACGCACUCAUCUUCGAGCUUUGUCGCACCGGCCAGACUCAUGCUGUAGAAGCACUUUCGGAGAAAGUAAUGGCAAGCGUAGUCGACACAAGCCCGAAAGGGUGGAAACCACUGCAUUUCGCUGCCGCAGCAGGUCACGUCGAUCUCUGCGCUUUACUGAUCAAGGGAGGCGCAGACAAGUCUGCACUAGUGUAUGAAGGGCCUUCUGACGCUAUCUUAUCCCCAAUAUCGCUUUUCGUAUCAUCUUGUACAGAUGAGCAUGCUGAUACCAAGAUCGCCAUGCUCAGACUGUUCUGCGAAUGCAUUAAUAUAGCCGAUGCUGACAGCGACGGUUCGUCCGUUCACGACUGGCUCAAGCGAGCAUACGCGAGGGAACGAGUGCCAAUCUCACGGAACAGUAUCACGUGGCUACUUCAUCUCACCGUGAAUGAAGAGUAUGUCGAAUUCAGUGCGCGCAAUAUCUGGUCCGCCCUACAACACGCGAUGAGAUCUGUUUCCAACCAUGCACGGCACAGCAACUACCUCGAGCACGUUCUUUGUCCUUCUAGAGAGGAACGUUCGAAGGUCAGUAAGCGACACCUGGACGCUCUAGGCUCUUGGCUUGCUCUACGGUUUCUGCAAGCCUUGCCGAGUAUCUACUCAGCUUGGUGCACUGCCCUCCUAGACUGCAUCGAGCAAGUCAAGACUUAUAUGCGGGAAGAGCUUGAUCUCUUCUUAUGCGAACUUGGUAUGGCGCAAGGAGCGUUUAUCCGUGCACUGACCCGGGCCAACAAUCUCUCGCACAACAACAGUUCUGGAAAGCUACCAAGAACUGCAUGUACGCACUGCAGGGACGACUAUAACACAUUUGCUUGCGGGUUGGUUGAACCUGCGCGUAUAGCUGUUACAGAAUGCGUCAAAUCGGGUCACAACGCGAACUGUGACUGCGACAAAGUGCAGAAAGCCCCCAUAAUAUCGGACGAACUUUCGGAGUACACCGGAAUGAUACAAACAGACAGCGACAACGACAACAACGAUACGCAUGAGGACGACGAGUUCUUCGACGCCCAGCCACACGUUUUCCACGAUGAAGACCUCCAAAUCGCUCCAACAUCGAGCAUGUUCACCGACAUCGCGACUUUGCUCUACAGCGCUCAAGGCAAGAUGUGGCUCGGUGAACACUCAGUCGGAGAGCGCCUAUGCUCGACUUGCCUCUUGCUCAAGGAGAAGUACAUCGGCAAAGAUGGUCUAUCUGCUGACUUUCCUCCAAUGCCGAUGAGCUUCGAUGGCCUACGUGUGAAAUGGUGA